AUAAUGAGGAGGCACUGACUCCUGCCAACACCAAGCCUAUUCAUGUCAAGGAAUCUAUCUUAUCCUCCUCUGCUUCAAUGUUAAAAAAGAGAUAUUCCUGCGUUCGUUCUCUAUCUACUCUCGAAGAAUAUAUAUGCACGCAGAGAGAAAGAGAGGGGGGGAGGGAGGGAGAGUAACUAGACAGGAGAGCAGAAAACUAGUUCGAUCUUGUGUUUUUCCAACUCCUUUUACCCUUCUUUCAGCUUACUACUUUAAUGGCUGAAAACCUGAGAAUCAUCGUUGAGACAAACCCCUCACAGUCACGACUCAAUGAACUUAACUUCAAGUGCUGGCCCAAAUGGGGCUGCUCUCCAGGGAGGUACCAGCUAAAGUUUGAUGCAGAAGAGACGUGCUAUUUGGUGAAAGGCAAGGUGAAAGUGUACCCAAAAGGGUCUUCGGAGUUUGUGGAGUUUGGUGCAGGGGAUCUUGUGACCAUACCCAGAGGACUCAGUUGCACCUGGGAUGUGUCUGUUGCUGUUGAUAAAUACUAUAAAUUCGAGUCAUCUUCAUCCCCGCCACCUUCUUCGUCUUCAUCGCAGUCCAGCUAGCAGUGUCCCAAAUGUUAUCUCUUCUUCCUCUGCAUGAUCAAUCAAUUUAUUCUUUUGAAUUUGAUUAUGGUCAGCUUCUAUUAUUGAGAUUCUUCUCUCUCCUUCCGCUUCUUUCUAUAUAUUUGUUUUCUUU